AUGGACCAGAAAAACAAAGACGAAAUUGGACAAGCUGCAAAAAAGUACAUUUACAGUGAUAACCUACAAUUUCUACUCAAGACUGUAACACCCGACGAAACUGAUUCAAGCAUACCAACUCAAAAUGAUUCUGAAAGUCGUCCCGAAAGCCAACAAACAUCACAUAGUCACCUAGACCAAUCAAUACCUUCCCCAUCCACAUCCACAUCUACCACGAUUCGAAGGGGAACGAAAAGGCUAAAUGCGGUCGAUGCAGAAAUAUUAAAAGCUAUCCAGGCAAAUCCCGCGGAAUCGGAAUCUGAAUUAAUUGACGAUGACCAUGCAUUUAUGAUAUCUCUCCUGCCAUCCGUCAAAGAAUUGAACGACGAUGAUAAGUUUGACUUUAGAAUCGAAGUUAUGCAAUUGCUUCGCAGAUUUAAAAACUGCAGGCGUUUGUCGUGGUCGAGCACCGCUACACCUAGCGAUCAUAAUAACUUCCACCAACUGAUUUCACCCCAGCAUGAAACCCAGCAGUUCACAUCCCAGCAAGGAAUGCAACUGAUUUCACCCCAGCAUGAAACCCAGCAGUUUACACCUCAGCAACAAAUACAAUCUAUUGGAGAAUUAUUUUUCCAAGAUUUUUCUAAAAUGUAG